GCUCUCUCUCUCAGCCUGGGAAGCAGAAGCGCUUUGCAAAAGGCUGGCAGAGACGCGGCGCCUCCGAGCAGGCAGGAGGUUGCUGCAGCCGCGGCGAGCGGAGGAGGAGGAGAGCGGCGCUCCGAUGCCCCGCGCCAUGCCCGGCUAAGGCUCGCCUCUCCCGGUAACGUAAAGAGAAACCUGCAAGAGAUCUGGCAAGAUGGUUGCUCUGUCCUUGAAGAUCUGCAUCCGCCAGUGCAAUGUUGUCAAGACGAUGCAGUUUGAGCCCUCCACAGCCGUGUACGAUGCCUGCCGUGUUAUCCGUGAGCGAGUGCCAGAGGCUCAAACUGGACAAGCCUCUGACUAUGGGUUAUUCCUGUCCGAUGAAGAUCCACGGAAAGGCAUUUGGCUGGAAGCCGGGAGGACCCUCGAUUACUACAUGCUGCGGAAUGGGGAUAUUUUGGAAUACAAGAAGAAGCAAAGGCCGCAGAAGAUCCGGAUGCUGGACGGGUCGGUGAAGACGGUGAUGGUGGACGACUCUAAAACCGUUGGAGAAUUGCUGGUGACCAUUUGCAGCCGGAUAGGAAUAACCAACUACGAAGAAUACUCCUUAAUCCAGGAGAGCAACGAAGAAAAGAAAGAGGAGGGCACGGGGACCCUGAAGAAAGAUCGGACGCUGCUGCGAGAUGAAAAAAAAAUGGAGAAAUUAAAGGCAAAGCUGCACACGGAUGAUGACCUAAACUGGUUAGAUCACAGUCGAACGUUUCGGGAGCAAGGAGUGGACGAGAACGAGACGCUUCUGCUGAGACGCAAAUUCUUCUACUCGGACCAGAACGUGGACUCGAGAGAUCCUGUUCAACUAAAUCUGCUUUAUGUUCAGGCUCGUGAUGAUAUUCUGAAUGGUUCCCAUCCAGUGUCGUUUGAGAAAGCGUGCGAAUUUGGAGGUUUCCAAGCGCAGAUCCAGUUUGGGCCUCAUGUUGAGCACAAGCACAAACCUGGAUUUUUAGACCUGAAAGAAUUCCUUCCGAAAGAAUACAUCAAGCAAAGAGGAGCUGAAAAGAGGAUAUUUCAGGAACACAAAAACUGCGGGGAAAUGACAGAAAUUGAAGCUAAGGUGAAAUACGUGAAGUUGGCUCGGUCUCUGAGGACGUACGGAGUGUCUUUUUUCCUUGUUAAGGAGAAAAUGAAGGGGAAGAACAAGCUGGUCCCUCGUCUGCUGGGCAUCACAAAGGAGUCAGUGAUGCGUGUGGAUGAAAAGACCAAGGAGGUCCUCCAGGAGUGGCCGCUGACCACUGUCAAACGCUGGGCGGCCUCGCCAAAAAGCUUCACUCUGGAUUUUGGGGAGUAUCAAGAAAGUUACUACUCGGUGCAAACCACUGAAGGGGAGCAGAUCUCUCAACUAAUUGCAGGUUACAUUGAUAUCAUCCUCAAGAAGAAGCAAAGUAAGGACCGUUUUGGACUGGAAGGGGAUGAGGAAUCCACAAUGUUGGAAGAAUCUGUAUCGCCUAAAAAGUCGACAAUCUUUCAGCAGCAGUUCAACCGAACGGGGAAAGUAGAGCAUGGCUCUGUUGCCCUGCCAGCUGUCAUGCGUUCAGGCUCCACGGGGCCAGAGACCUUCAACGUUGGCAGCAUGCCUUCUCCGCAGCAGCAGGUGACCGUUGGCCAAAUGCACAGAGGGCACAUGCCUCCCUUGACUUCUGCCCAGCAGGCCCUGAUGGGAACGAUCAACACCAGCAUGCAUGCGGUUCAGCAGGCCCAGGCCGACCUGACCGAAGUGGACAGCCUCCCACCGUUAGGAAACGACAUGGCUUCCAGAGUUUGGGUUCAGAACAAAGUGGAUGAAUCCAAGCAUGAAAUACACUCUCAGGUUGAUGCCAUCACUGCAGGAACGGCUUCUGUUGUGAACCUUACAGCGGGUGACCCAGUUGACACGGACUACACUGCUGUGGGGUGUGCGAUCACCACCAUCUCUUCAAACCUCACUGAGAUGUCCAAAGGUGUCAAGCUUCUUGCUGCGCUAAUGGAUGAUGACGUUGGAAGUGGGGAGGACCUCUUGAAAGCCGCCCGAACCCUCGCAGGAGCUGUGUCGGACUUGCUGAAGGCUGUGGAGCCAACGUCAGGAGAGCCUCGCCAGACAGUCUUGACAGCAGCCGGGAGCAUCGGGCAAGCCAGCGGCGAGCUUCUCAGACAGAUCGGAGAAAAUGAAACCGAUGAACGAUUCCAGGAUGUGUUGAUGAGUCUUGCCAAAGCAGUCGCCAAUGCCGCCGCCAUGUUGGUGUUGAAGGCCAAGAAUGUGGCCCAAGUGGCCGAAGACGCGGUUCUGCAGAACAGGGUGAUCGCUGCUGCCACGCAGUGUGCCCUCUCCACUUCUCAACUGGUGGCCUGUGCAAAGGUUGUGAGCCCUACCAUCAGCUCCCCUGUGUGUCAGGAGCAGCUGAUAGAGGCCGGGAAGCUGGUGGACCGUUCUGUGGAAAACUGCGUCCGAGCCUGCCAGGCGGCCACAGACGACUCCGAGCUGCUCAAGCAGGUCAGCGCAGCCGCCAGCGUGGUGAGCCAGGCCUUGAACGAUCUCCUGCAGCAUGUCCGCCAAUUCGCCAGCCGGGGGGAGCCCAUUGGGCGCUACGACCAGGCCACGGACACCAUCAUGUGUGUCACCGAGAGCAUCUUCAGUUCCAUGGGGGACGCUGUAGGUGAAAUGGUACGGCAGGCCAGGGUCCUCGCUCAAGCAACUUCGGAUCUCGUGAACGCCAUGAGGUCGGAUGCUGAGGCAGAGAUAGACAUGGAAAACUCCAAGAAACUUCUGGCAGCUGCGAAACUCCUGGCUGACUCAACAGCCCGGAUGGUUGAAGCUGCAAAGGGAGCUGCAGCAAACCCAGACAAUGAGGACCAGCAGCAGAGGCUUCGCGAAGCAGCUGAAGGUCUGCGAGUGGCCACCAAUGCAGCUGCUCAGAAUGCCAUCAAGAAGAAAAUCGUCAACAGAUUAGAGGUUGCUGCUAAGCAAGCAGCAGCUGCUGCAACCCAGACCAUUGCAGCCUCCCAGAAUGCAGCCAUUUCAAAUAAGAACACAGCAGCCCACCAGCAACUUGUGCAGAGCUGUAAGAAUGUUGCAGAUCACAUUCCACAGCUUGUCCAGGGAGUGCGUGGAAGCCAGGCCCAGGCAGAGGACUUGAGUGCUCAACUUGCACUGAUAAACUCCAGCCAAAUCUUCCUCCAGCCGGGGAGCAAAAUGGUGGCCUCUGCUAAAGCGGCCGUGCCUACAGUGGCAGACCAGGCUGCAGCGAUGCAAUUGAGCCAGUGCGCCAAGAAUCUUGCCACCAGCCUUGCCGAGCUAAGGACUGCCUCCCAAAAGGCACAUGAAGCCUGUGGACCCAUGGAAAUCGACUCUGCCUUGAACACUGUUCAAACACUCAAAAAUGAGCUGCAGGAUGCAAAGAUGGCAGCCGUUGACGGGCAGUUGAAACCACUUCCAGGAGAAACGCUUGAAAAAUGUGCUCAGGACCUGGGAAGCACCUCCAAAGCGGUCGGUUCUUCAAUGGCCCAACUGCUGACUUGUGCAGCACAAGGCAAUGAACACUAUACAGGGGUUGCUGCCAGGGAGACGGCACAUGCCUUGAAGACUUUGGCACAGGCUGCCCGAGGUGUUUCUGCAUCCACCAAUGACCCAGCAGCAGCCCACGCAAUGUUGGACUCGGCGCGAGAUGUCAUGGAAGGCUCAGCAAUGCUAAUCCAGGAAGCAAAGCAGGCUUUGGUGGCUCCUGGAGAUGCAGAAAGCCAACAGAGGCUGGCCCAGGUGGCCAAAGCUGUCUCCCAUUCUUUGAACAACUGUGUGAACUGCCUUCCUGGCCAAAAGGAUGUGGAUGUAGCAUUGAAGAGCAUUGGCGAAUCUAGCAAAAAAUUGCUUGUGGAAUCGCUGCCUCCCAGUUCAAAAUCAUUCCAAGAAGCACAGAGUGAACUCAACCAGGCUGCAGCUGACCUGAACCAGUCAGCAGGGGAGGUUGUCCAUGCCACACGGGGCCAGAGCGGGGAGCUGGCAGCUGCUUCCGGGAAAUUCAGUGAAGACUUUGACGAGUUCCUUGAUGCUGGGAUUGAAAUGGCUGGGCAAGCUCAGACAAAGGAGGACCAAAUUCAAGUCAUUGGGAACCUCAAGAACAUCUCCAUGGCUUCCAGCAAGUUGCUUCUGGCUGCCAAGUCUCUCUCGGUGGAUCCCGGUGCUCCCAAUGCCAAGAACCUCUUGGCAGCGGCUGCAAGGGCUGUGACUGAGAGUAUAAAUCAGCUCAUCACCUUGUGUACUCAGCAAGCGCCUGGCCAAAAAGAGUGUGACAACGCCCUCCGGGAACUGGAGACGGUUAAAGAAAUGCUGGAAAACCCCAACGAGCCUGUUAGCGACCUCUCUUACUUUGACUGCAUUGAAGGUGUUAUGGAAAACUCCAAGGUUCUGGGAGAGGCGAUGGCUGGAAUUUCUCAGAAUGCCAAGACAGGGGACCUCCCAGUCUUCGGCGAGUGUGUUGGGGUGGCUUCUAAGGCCCUUUGCGGCCUCACUGAAGCAGCAGCUCAGGCCGCUUACCUGGUUGGCAUCUCCGAUCCCAACAGCCAGGCCGGUCAGCAGGGGCUUGUUGAUCCUAUCCAGUUUGCCAGGGCCAAUCAAGCUAUCCAAAUGGCAUGUCAGAACUUGGUGGACCCAGGAAGCAGCCCAUCCCAGGUCUUAUCAGCAGCUACCAUUGUGGCAAAGCACACUUCUGCACUGUGUAACGCAUGCCGCAUUGCUUCGUCCAAGACAGCCAACCCCGUUGCAAAGAGGCACUUUGUCCAGUCUGCAAAGGAAGUGGCAAACAGCACUGCCAACCUGGUUAAAACUAUCAAGGCCUUGGAUGGUGACUUCUCAGAGGAUAAUCGGAAUAAGUGCCGGAUUGCAACUGCUCCAUUGAUUGAAGCUGUGGAAAACCUAACAGCCUUUGCAUCAAACCCUGAGUUUGUCAGCAUCCCGGCCCAGAUCAGUGCUGAGGGUUCUCGGGCACAGGAACCAAUCCUGACUUCCGCCCGGACUAUGCUAGAGAGCUCGUCCUCUUUAAUCAAAACUGCUCGCUCACUGGCAAUCAACCCCAAAGACCCUCCCACGUGGUCCAUUCUCGCUGGGCACUCACACACCGUGUCCGAGUCCAUUAAGAGCCUCAUCACGUCCAUCAGAGACAAAGCCCCAGGCCAGCGGGAAUGUGACUACUCCAUAGAUGGGAUCAAUAGAUGCAUCAGGGACAUUGAGCAGGCCUCACUUGCAGCUGUCAGUCAGAACUUGGCCACGAGGGAUGACAUUUCUGUUGAGGCCUUGCAGGAGCAGCUGACAUCAGUCGUCCAGGAAAUUGGGCAUCUGAUUGACCCCAUUGCUACAGCCGCUCGAGGCGAAGCCGCUCAGCUGGGCCACAAGGUAGGAGGCCACAAAAUGGCCACUCUGGGGGAAAGUGGUGUUAUUGGUCUGAGGCAGAUUCGUGAAAAGAACGCUGACUUGGGGAGGCGGCCAUGUGGGAUCCACUGAGGAGGA